AAAACAGGUCCACUAUUAGUUUCCAGCAAGGCGUAUUUUGAGUAGAGUUAUGUCAGACGGAAGAGGAAUUAAUGCUUGUGAAGAGAGUCAUGAUCUGGGCUUAUCGUCAUUUCCUGAAGAAAGGCAGAAUAUCGAUAUCGGACAACAAAUCUUCUGUAAUAGUGCUGUAAAUAUGAAUAGUAUAGUUGCCGUGGGCUUCGACAUGGACUACACUUUGGCCCAGUACAAACCCGAAACUUUCGAAUCUCUGGCGUACUAUGGUACUGUCGAAAAGCUGGUCAGAAACCUGGGUUAUCCUAAAGAGCUACUGGAAUGGUCUUUUGACUGGACUUACAUGGUUAGAGGCCUUGUCCUAGACAAAAAGAGAGGAAACAUACUUAAGAUGGACAGGCACAAGUACGUGAAGAUAGCGUACCAUGGAUUCAGAUUGUUAUCCAAGGAUGAAAAAGUCGCUACAUAUGGGAACACUUUUAUUAAAGAUGCGUUCGAUGGUCCAGAUUAUGCGCAUAUUGAUACGUUUUUUUCACUAGCUGAAUCUUAUCUUUUUGCUCAGCUUGUUGAUUAUAAGGAUAAUAACCCCGGACAAAUCUCAGAAGUAAAAGACUACUCUCGUAUCUAUGCUGAUGUCCGCUCUGCUGUUGAUAUGUGCCAUCGUGACGGAACUUUGAAGGAAAUGGUUGCGAAAGAUCCAAAAAAGUAUAUCAAUGAGGAUGACACUAUUAUUCCAAUGCUGAAAAUGCUGAAAAGUUCUGGACGCACAGUAUUUUUAGUGACAAACAGUCUUUGGGAUUAUACGCAUGUAGUGAUGAACUUUCUUAUUGAGGCACGUACGAUCAAUAGCAGCUCCUCCUUGAGCUCUAAUUGGCUCCAAUAUUUUGACUUUGUCAUCACUGGCAGUGCUAAACCAAGCUUCUUCCAUGAUAAAAAUCGUGCUGAUCUUUUUGCGGUUGAGACGGAGUCAGGGAAGCUUAUUAACACCGACAAUGGUACUCCGCUUGCUCAGGUAGGAGGCCCUGCUGCAGAAUUGCCAGAUCAGAUCCCAAAUAAGCAUUACAAGGUGUUUCAGGGAGGCAAUGUCAGCCAUCUGCAUAAGCUACUUAAUGUGGGGUCAAGUUCACAGGUUUUGUACGUUGGUGAUCAUAUAUACGGGGACAUCUUACGAAGCAAAAAAGCUCUGGGUUGGAGGACAAUGUUUAUUGUUCCAGAACUUGAAAAGGAGGCUAGAAUUCUUUCAUCCUCAUCGGAGACUCGAAAGAAACUAAAAUUGCUCAGGGGUGAGCGAGAUAAGAUUGAAGAUCAAGUCCAUCAUUUGAAGUGGUCCCUUGAGCAUGAAGAUAUGGAUAACAGUGAAAAGGAAAAGCUCAUUGCGAAGCUGGAGCUACUUGAGGGUUACCGCGCACGUGUUCGUGCAGCUCAUCAAGAGGCCCAGAGAAGUUUCCACCAGCAGUUCCAUCCCGUGUGGGGGCAGAUUAUGAAGGCUGGAUUUCAAAACUCCCGCUUUGCACACCAGGUGGAGAGAUUUGCUUGUCUGUACACAAGUCAAGUUGGAAAUCUGGGGCUAUACUCUCCUAACAAGUACUAUAGGCCAGUGGAGAACUUCAUGGUUCAUGAGUCAAAUGUUCUCUCUUUGUAAGAAAGAAAGUAUGCU